UCACCGUCCAAAAACACUGGAAUAUAAAAAAAAUCCCUAAAAAAUCUCCUAUAUAUAAAAUUCUAAAUUUACAGGUUCUCUGCAAAAUUGUGCACUCGUUCGUUCUCCCCCGAAAGUCGUAAUCUUUCUUAACAAAGGAAUCAAAAUCGAAGAUGUUUGGAAGAGCGCCAAAAAAGAGUGAUAACAGCAGAUACUACGAGAUCUUGGGUGUUCCUAAAGAUGCUGCACCCGAAGAUUUGAAGAAGGCUUACAAAAAAGCCGCCAUCAAAAACCAUCCUGAUAAAGGUGGUGAUCCUGAGAAGUUUAAAGAGCUAGCUCAUGCAUACGAGGUUUUGAGUGAUCCUGAAAAGCGUGAGAUUUAUGACCAAUAUGGUGAGGAUGCACUUAAGGAAGGAAUGGGUGGAGGUGGCGGUAUGCAUGAUCCGUUCGACAUCUUCCAGUCAUUCUUUGGAGGAAGUCCUUUUGGUGGUGGUGGUGGCGGCAGUGGCAGAGGAAGAAGGCAAAGGAGAGGAGAAGAUGUAGUUCAUCCUCUUAAAGUGUCACUUGAAGAUCUCUAUACUGGUAUUACUAAGAAGCUCUCCCUCUCUCGCAAUGUGAUAUGUUCCAAGUGUACUGGCAAAGGAUCAAAAUCUGGAGCUUCAAUGACGUGUUCUGGAUGUCAAGGUACUGGUAUGAAGGUGUCAAUCAGACAUCUUGGUCCCUCAAUGAUCCAACAGAUGCAGCACCCUUGUAAUGAAUGUAAGGGUACUGGAGAGACGAUCAAUGACAAAGAUCGGUGCCCUCAAUGCAAAGGUGAGAAGGUUGUGCAAGAGAAGAAGGUGUUAGAGGUUGUUGUGGAGAAGGGCAUGCAACAUGGACAGAAAAUUACUUUUCCUGGAGAGGCUGAUGAAGCACCUGAUACUGUGACCGGAGAUAUCGUCUUUGUCCUGCAGCAGAAAGAGCAUCCUAAAUUCAAGCGAAAGGGUGAAGAUCUCUUCCAUGAGCAUACUUUGAGCCUCACUGAAGCUCUUUGUGGCUUCAGAUUUGUGCUGACCCACCUUGAUGGGAGGCAACUUCUUAUCAAAUCACACCCAGGAGAAGUUAUAAAGCCUGAUCAAUUCAAGGCAAUUGAUGAUGAGGGUAUGCCGAUCUACCAGAGGCCGUUCAUGAAGGGGAAGAUGUACAUCCAUUUCACAGUGGAGUUUCCUGAUACUUUGAACCUUGAUCAGGUCAAGGCAUUGGAAGAUAUCCUCCCACCAAAGCCAUCAAUGACACUCACAGAUAUGGAAUUGGAUGAGUGUGAAGAGACAACUUUACAUAAUGUUAACAUUGAAGAAGAGAUGAAGAGAAAGCAAACCCAGGCACAACAAGAGGCAUACGAUGAAGAUGAAGAACCUGGGGCUCAGAGGGUGCAAUGUGCUCAACAGUGAUUUUCUUAAUCUGAUGACUAUUGUAUCACUUUGAAAUGUAGCUCAUUUUAGUGUUGUGCACGGAUAAUUUUGUUUUUAUCUUGUUGUUACCUAUGUAUUAUCUUGUGGGUUUAUGAGUAGAUGUUGACAACAUGUGUACUUUAGAGUAUUAGAUAAACAGUUCAAAUCAGAAAUUAAAGCUAUAUUUAUAUUACUCCAA